AAGACAGGUGCAGUUAGGGAGCAAGGUGAGGAGGCAGAGGAAGGGUCUGAGAGCGUCACAGAGAGGAGGGGUGUAUCUCAUCGAGUGCUGCUGCAGCCGAGAGAGCUUCACCUGCUGUCAGUGUUUCUCCGGACAUGGACUAGUGAGGAGAGCCACGGGAACCACAAGCCAAAGGACUAUCUUUAUCUACCUCGCUGCCUUAGCAACCUUUGUAGAGUCGCUGAAGACACGGCCGUUAUUUAUGUUUAUUUAUAUUUAUUUAUAACGCGCGCGCUUCGUAUCUACCUUGCACUGAGUCGCGCGCCCCGAUGCUUUUACAUCAGUUCGCGAAUGGGACGCUGGAAACCAUGUAUCCCGGUAUUCAGAAAGACACGACUUUCACCAAGAUCUUCGUCGGCGGUUUGCCGUAUCACACCACGGACGCGUCGCUGCGGAAAUACUUCGAGACUUUCGGCGACAUCGAUGAAGCCGUGGUGAUAACGGACCGGCAGACCGGGAAAUCCAGAGGAUACGGCUUUGUCACCAUGAUUGAUAAAAGUGCAGCUGAGAGCGCUUGUAAAGAUCCCAACCCUAUUAUUGAUGGACGCAAAGCUAAUGUCAACCUGGCGUACCUCGGGGCCAAACCACGCAGCCCACUGACAGGAUACUCGACUGGAGUACAGCAGGUUCAUCCAGCCCUGAUCCAGAGGCAGUAUGGACUCAGCCAGCCGUAUGUUUACCCUCAGGCCUUCCUGCAGCCCAGUGUGGUUCUGCCCGCACAGGUCACCUCCAGCGCCUCGACCCCUUACCUUGACUUCAGCACUGCCUACACUCAGUACGCCUCCUCGGCCUUCGAGCAGUAUCCCUACGCCCCCUCGCCAGGCUUCCUGAGCUACAUGUACCCUCCAGGCACCCCCGGGGCCUCUGCCACAAACCCCCCGGUCCCCACAGCCCUCCCCUCCAUCGGAGGAGCCCCCAGCACAGCCUUCAUCCAGAUCCCUCCUCAUCAGCUCCACGCCGACCGCCUGUAGAACAGGCCACAGGGACCCAGCGCGUUUGCUGAUAUUGCACUAGAACAUCAUCAUUUGGGACAGGGAACUGUGACAUCAUCCGCCUGAGACCGGGGUCGAAUACAAAAGGGCUUUUACUCUGACUGGUUACUCUUUAUGGUUAAUAAUGAUAUAUAUUAUUGGUAGAGUUUGUUGAAUAAAUGGUGGAUUGCAGGGUUGUAAUGUAGACGGAUCCAAUGAAGGAGAAGAAACGAGAGGUUAUACACACACAACCGUUCAAAAGUCUGGGGUCAUUAAGUUUUUCUAAUGUUUUUGAAAGCUGUCUCUUAUGCUCACCAAGCCUGCAUUUAUUUAAUUAAAAAUACAGAAAUAUUAUUACAGUUUAAAAUAACUGCUUUCUAUUUUAAUAUGUUUUAAAAUGUAAUUAAUUCCUGUGAUGCAAAGCUGAAUUUUUGCUGAGUAGCUGCUCAAGAAACAUUUCUAAUUAUUAUUAUCAAUGUUGGAAACAGUUGUGCUGCUUCAUAUUUUUGUGGAAAAUUUUUAAAUGAUUCUUUAAUGAAGAGAAGGUUCAAAAGAACAGCAUGUUAUUUCAAAUAGAAGAGUUUUAUCAAAAUAUAAAUGGCUUUUGCUUCCACUUUCUAUCAAUUUAAUGCGUCCUUGCUGAAUAAAAGUAUUAAUUUCUUUCAAAAAAAAAAAAAGUUACUGACCCCAAAAGUAUGCACGGUAGUGUGUGUAUAUGCCGCUAAGUGACAGUUUUUUAAGUUUGGAUGGUGUGCAUCUGUGCAGGAAUAUCUGUUAAGCACAAAGCCUUAGAGACUUCUCCAGUUUAUAUAUAUAUAAAGCUGUUCUUAUGACACAAAUGUGCUUCCCUCUAUCUGAGCAAAAAUAUGUGGAUUUUUUUAACCAGACUUUUUCCAAGAAUAGCUAACUUUUCUAGAAAUGUAGCACUGCAAAGGAUUUGUAAUUCUGCUUAUCACCGUCACCUAAUGUCUCUUCCAUCCCUGUAGUUCCUUUCCUCCAGAUUCCUCGCAAACUUAAGUAGCUCCAUGUAGAUUGCAACGACAUUAAUCCAGCAUUCAGUAACACAUGGGUUCAAGAUGCGCUGUAGCUCGCCUGUCAAUAAUAACGAGGAAAUAGACAUUGAGUAUUAAUCAUAUUGUAAUUCUGCAUUAUCUGCGAUGCUUUUUAGACUCAGUUUUGGUCUGCUAAAAGGACAAAUGAAAGAGUAUUGUGACAAUUGUCCGUGGUUGCUUUUGAUAUCCCUUCACGAAUGACACUACAGGACAAAAUGCCAGCAGGAACAUGCAGAAAACCUUGAGAAAAGUCUUGACUGAUGAAACGUUUGGACAGCACAAGAGGACAUGUUGCCAGGACAAUCGGUAUGUUUUCACAAGAACAGUGUUGUCAUGAAUCUGCCCUGAGACACUCAACUCAGAAUAUGAAAAUACCUUACAGUGAAAGCCAUAAGACCAGAACAUGCAAAACAAGUAAUAAAGUCAAUUUGCAAAAACUGA